CGUGUUCAAAAUGACUGGUAACUACCUUUACUCACACCUGGCAUAAACAUCGGACUGUAUUGGACUGAGAGGUGAAAAAAAUGAUUCACGAAAUUGUUGUAUGAUUCUUGAACUAUCACUCAGCCUCAAACAUGAAGAUAGCUGUGGAGGGUUGUUGUCAUGGCGAGCUGGACAAAAUCUACGAGACCAUUCGUUUUUUAGAAGAUAGAGAGGGCCUUAAGGUGGACCUGCUAAUUUGCUGCGGGGAUUUCCAGGCCGUACGCAAUGAGGGCGACAUGAAGUGCAUGGCUGUGCCGAACAAAUAUCGGCAAAUGCAAACCUUCUACAAAUACUACUCUGGCGAAAAGAAAGCCCCUAUCCUAACCAUCUUUAUUGGCGGAAACCAUGAAGCCUCCAACCAUCUUCAAGAGCUUUCUUACGGAGGCUGGGUAGCUCCUAAUAUCUACUAUAUGGGCUAUGCAGGUGUGGUACGUUACAAAGGGAUCCGUAUUGGUGGCCUGUCGGGAAUCUUCAAAUUCCAUGAUUAUAGGAAAGGGCACUAUGAGUUUCCGCCUUACAGUCCAGAGACACUGCGUAGCGUCUACCACGUCAGGAACGUUGAUGUCUUCAAACUCAAGCAGCUCCAGAUGCCCAUGGAUGUCUUUCUGACCCAUGACUGGCCCCAGGGAAUCUACCAUUAUGGCUGCAUUCAGGAACUGAUCAGGAAGAAGAAAUUCCUUCAACAAGAGGUUGAAUCCAGUACCCUGGGUAGUCCUGCUGCAGCUGAGCUCCUGGCCCACUUGAAACCAUCCUACUGGUUCUCAGCACACCUUCAUGUCAAGUUUGCUGCUCAUAUGGAGCAUGAGGCUAAGGGUCAAAAUGGACCUCGUACUACAAAGUUCCUGUCCCUGGAUAAAUGUCUUCCUCACAGGGACUUUCUACAGGUUCUUGAGUUGGCAGAGAGACCAGGAUCUUCUGAGAACCUGGAGUAUGACCCAGAAUGGCUGGCUAUCCUCAAAGCCACCGACGGCUUACAGAACGUUUCCCCCAGUAUCUGGCUGCCUCCUGAGGACAACGGACUACAUGCAAAGUGGGACUUCACUGUUUCCGAAGCUGAUAUGAUGGAAGUUGUGAAAGACCUAGGGGGUGACCUCUGCAUCCCUGAGAACUUCUCUCUGACGGUCCCUUCAUACAACCCCAGCCAGCCUCAGCCCUAUACACAGCCCUUUUAUGGGAUUAACCCCCAGACCACAGAACUGUGUGCCACCCUCGGACUCUCUGACAUAUAUGCUCAGGCUGGGCAGAUCAGCCAGUUCAAACAGAGUGCAAAGAGAGAAGCUGACGACAACUCGGGCAGUUGUGAGGACUUUAACGCAACCCCCACUGACUCAUCCGAGCUCUCAGCCUCCUAUAACCCAGAUGAGAUUACCAUUGAGGAUGAGUGGAAUGAGGACGCAGAUGAUGAUGAUGGAGGAACUGGUGAAAAGGUACCAAGUGACUCUGUUCCAGAGAAGGUAGUUGUUGUUGUUGCGGAUAUUGACAACGAAUUCAGUUCUCUGCCCUCAGGGUCACAAGUCCAUGUACUCCCACCCUCUUCCUCCACCCAGGCUGAAGUAGUCAAGUCCCCAGGUUCCCGCUCAUUGACACUUCCUCUGCCCACCCAGUCCACCUAUGACUCCCAGAACCUCCCUCACUUGGACGUGCAAGAGAAGUGUGACACUGAACCACCCAAAGUCCAAGAGAAGUGUGACACUGAACCACCCAAAGUCCAAGAGAAGUGUGACACUGAGCCUCCCAAUGUCCAAGAGAAGUGUGACACUGAACCACCCAAAGUCCAAGAGAAGUGUGACACUGAACCACCCAAAGUCCACAAACGUUCCAGUGAUGAAAAGGAUGUAGGCAAGACCACAACCCCUAAGAUUAAGAGAAGAAACCAGACAAUCUACAUAGCCAAGGACGACGAUGGAGAUGAUGAACAUUGAAUCUUCAGGUUGCUCUGUUGGUUGGUUAGAUUAUUUUGUCAAAAUGCUAAAUUGUCUGUCUGCCAGUAUUUCAUAUUUUAAUGGAUUGUAGACAUACUCAUCCCAUGUUGUUGUUUUUUUAUGUCAAAAUAGGCCAUAUUUGAAUGAUUUUCUAACAUGAGUGGAUACAUUUUCAGGCUAUUUUUUUUAUUGUGGUUGUUAAUAUCUUAAGCAGGAGAACUUUAUUUCACGUUGUUCAGAUUCUCAAUGUAAGCCAUAAUACGGAAAUAUUCUUGCAGUAAUUGCUAUAGAUAUUGGCUGUGGUAAUGGCUAUAACUUGAAGUUUCAGAUUUAAUGACGCAGCAUUUGUUUAAAAUAGACCCAAUUCGCGCAUUUAUUAUAGUUAAACACACAUUUGCACAAAUUGUUACUUCAGUAUCAUCAAAGACAAGAAUGAACGAAUAAAAAAGAAAAAAAAAGAAAAA